AUGUAAAUACAGCUUAGAAAUUAUUAAUUUAGUGGGAGUAUAUUUGACUACAAAAUACCUCAAUUUAAGAUUCGAAAAUCGAAUAAAACAUCAAAAAAGCUAAAAACAUCUCCAUUAAAAAAUAAUUAUGAAAGGUCUGUUGAAUCUUCAAUGAAUAAAUCAAAUGAUGAAAAAAUGAAAAUAAUAAACUUAAGCUUGGAAGUUAAAAAUUAAACUUAUAAUUAUAAAAAGCCUAUUUUAUAUAGUUGUAAUAUAAAUGAGGAUACCUCUGUAAAUUACUAAAAGCCUAUUAAAAUAACUAAUAGAUUAAUUCCUUAAUAACCUAAAGACUAAGAAAAAAUGUUAUUGCUUGAUCGCAUAUUGAUCGGUUAAUAAUUUAGAAGGUUUUCUGAGAAAUUAAAUGAUUCACAUAGAAGCAAAGUCAAUACUUUAUUAAAAUAAUAAUAAUCAAAGCCAAUUUCAUAAGACUUAGAAAUUGAUCCUAAGGGUUGGACUAAUAAAAGCUCUCAAAGUCUCUUAUGA